GUUGAGGUGGGUUUGGAGGUUAACAAUGGACACUCUGCCUGCUCUAAUGUGACUGCUGAUGUCACCAGCUGUACUUUAGACCUCCCCAGAGAUAUAUACAACAUCUCCAUCACUCAGACCAAUGAUUUUGGCUCAACUGUGGACAGCAAAGUGUUAAAUAUGGAAGUGCUAGCUGUGACUGAGCAAGCUUCCUUUAAACUGAAUGCCCAAGUACUGUUGAUUGUGACUGUGAGAAGAAACAGACUAUGUCCAGAGACCCAGUCUCCAGCUAUAGUGACGUUUGGUUCUGCGGCGGUGGCAGAAAGACAAUGUCGGGGUCAGCUGAAUGCCACUGAGAUGGCCAUCCCUUCUGGAGACUCUGCCUCCUUCUAUGUGGAUGCUGCUGACAUCUCAGUACUACCUGCUGAGACAAUCUGCUUCAUAGUCAGUCUUGAUGGAAUACCUGUGACAUCUGGAAAUGCCUCUACAGCCAUCACUGUAGCUGUUGGUAGUGGUGAUGAAGGUUGUCCGUCGGUUGGACUAGCUGUAGGUAUUGCAGUGGCUCUCUCUCUACUGGUGGUCUUGCCAGUGGGUGUGGUCCUCGGCAUUUCUGGAAUGUGGUGUCUAACGAGGUCUCGUGCUGCGUCUGGUGAUAAGGGGAAGAGAAAUGUCGCUCCAGUACUGUACGAGGAACCUUCAAAAACAACCAUUCCUCUGACAGAGAACCAAGCCUAUGGUCAGGUUAUUCUUCGACAGAGGACCAGCUGAGUGUAGUGAUGGAGUAUCACAAGACAUAGUAUACAGUGUGUUUAAAAGACUUCAAUACCUAGCUAGCUACCAUCCCGACAAUUUCAACUAUGGAUUGUACCUGCAAUGAAUCACAAGACAUAGCGUACAGUGUGUAUAUUAUUUAAUGACUUUGACUCAAACAGCAACAUACUCCAUCGU